CCCCUCCCGCCGCUCUCCGCGAAGGAGUUUCGGGUCUACAAUCGGUUGGCGGAGCAUAUGGAUCAGUUUCACACCCACUUCCGCCACACCUACACAACCCUGACAACCGCCUGCGACGCCACCCAGACAAAAAAACUCCCCCCAAAAGCCCUCAUCGCCCGGGGCCUCGAGUUCUGUCACCACCUCACGAUGCACCACACCAUCGAGGAGCGGCACAUCUUCCCCGUGCUGGCCCGCCGGAUGCCCGAGUUCCGGCGCGAGCUGAGCUUGGUCGGCCAGCAUAAAGUCAUCCAUCGGGGGAUGGAUGCGUUGGAGGCGUAUCUGGAGGGGUGUCGGCGGGGCGAGCGGGAUUUGGAGCGCGGGGAGGUGAGGCGGUUGCUGGAGGGGUUUGGGGCGGUGCUUUUCGCGCAUUUGGAUGAGGAGGUGGAGGCGUUGCGGGCGGAGAAUAUGAGAAGGUAUUGGAGUGAGAAGGAGAUGGGGGGGUUGCCUAUGUAA